AUGUCGGUGCAAAGUCGAUGCUUGAAAAUCUGCAAAAAUAGAAUUUUAACUCAAUUGUCUGCGAAUUCCCGUCACAAACUUCAGAGUAAAACUUACAAAAGCCAAGAUCAAGUGAUUCAAGUACGAGAAUUUCGUAAUUUUGGAUAUGUAAUCAACAGCAAUUUGUUUAAAACUAGAAUUAUCAUGCUUGGGAUCCUAGGAUUUGGUAUUACGGCACCUUACAUCAACUGGAAAUGGAUUUUCAAACAAAUAAAAAAAAUAUUUACUGUAGACGCUGUUAAAUUGUUGAUGGAAGAAAAUGAAGAAAAGAGUAAUACGUCCGUAGAACAGGCUGACUCCGAACUCAAGAAAAAAAAGAAGAAGCAAAGAGUUGGAUUUCGCGAUCGCAAGAUAAUUGCGUACGAAAAUAGACUGCGUUCGUUCUCAACUCCAGACAAAACUUUUCGUUAUUUUGCGACAGUACUGAUUUCGAGUUCGGAAGGUAAUGAAAUCUUCAUGACACCAGAUGAUUUUUUACGAGCCAUUACACCUGGCAUGCAGCAACCAGACGGUAAGACAACAACUAAAAAUUAUAAAAACGCUUAA